UAAACAGAUCGACAGCUUGACGGACGAGCCGACGGAAGCGCAAAGGGACAAGAGAAAAAAAGACAAACUCGGCAAACACCGCAGCAAUGGCAAAGAGUUCUCGAUCGAGCAGCAAAAAAUUCAACAACCAGCGCAAAGCUGCGUCCAUCUUUGGUCCAGCUGAGGCUGCGAGACAGGAGCGUCUCUCCGCCAAGCUGCUGGAGCUGGCUCGACAGGCCAAGCCCGAGCCCGCCGAGAUGAAGAUUGAUGACGACGCCGAUGCACAGGAUAAGGAAGAGCAGGCCGCAGACGACAACUCCAUGGAUGUCGACGCAAAGAAGCCCACACGGGCCGCCAUCUCUAAGAAGCGCAUCACCAAGAAGAGGACAAAAUCCAGCAUCACAUUCCCCAAGUACAGCGACAGAGUGGCCGCCAAGAAGAAGAGAGAGGCCGCCAACAAGGUGAAGAAGGCUUAAUCAAAUCAUCUCAUUUUUUACUGUUUCAAUUUUUGGUUUCAUCCUUGGGCUUUCAUUCUUGCACAUACGGAGCACUCAUUAUUUAUACAUACAUAUUGUCAUAUAUAUCAACUGCAGUCUCUCAAUUGACGAUACCCAUGACAAUCC